GCGGAGCCCGGGCUGGAGGCGCCAGUGACCGCGAGCCCGGCUCAGGGGCCGAGCCGGAGCGGUCGGGGAGCAGUGGAGCGGAGCUCUGCGGGACGGGGAGCCGGAGAGUGAGGGGGCCGCGGAGCCGCACGCAGGCCAAAGGGAAAACUGAAGCAAAGGAAAUGAGAGUGGGAGACCCCCUGAGAGGAGAGAAGCCCCACGGCCCGUGCCUUCUCUUGGUACCUCCUGAGGUCUUUCUUCAAAUCUUAACUCCUCCAGAUUUCUGAGUAGACUCAGACUCACACGACUGGGCAAAUUUAAGGGGAACAAUGGAGAAAUGGGCAGGCAGACUAAGAUCUCCUCUUGUGUUGCUCCUGCUCCUUCCUCAACUCAGCCUAGACCAGAAGAUAUCUGCUCGCCCCUCGCGACAAAUACAUCUGGAGGAAAGUAAAAUCCCUGAGGGGGUCUGGGGUUCCUGGGGUCCGUGGGCCCUUUGUUCCCAGCCCUGUGGGCUUGGGAUACAACGCCGGAGCCGAAUCUGCCAGUCCUCUCCAUCUUUACUCCAAACUGGAUUGCCUCUACCACCCAGGCCACCUCGACAUCCGGAGCCUUUGCCUGCUCGGUCCCGGAAUGCCAGACCCCAGAUCCCUAGGGAGACUCUUCCCCUCUACAAACCAGAGCCAAGGGGAAGGAGUGGGCCUCUGGGAGGCCUCCCACCCCAAGCAGGACAAGAGGAGACUCGAGAGAUUUCAGCUUCAAGAAGGUCACGGGUUCGAGAUCCCAUCAAGCCAGGAAUGUUUGGCUAUGGGAGAGUGCCCUUCGCUCUGCCCCUACAUCGGAACCGGAGGAACCCCCACGGGCUACCCAGAACUGAACUCCCCAGCGAUGGGCCUUCUCAGGCUCUAUUUCCAGAGCCCCUCCAAGACUCUAAAACAGAGGAUUUCCAAGCUCUGACUGUCAAUUCAGAACAACCUGUCAACACUCAGCUCCCCCAAACCCAGAUCUCUUCUACAGGACUGCCCUCCCCAGAAGACCUCUACAGCACCCAGAGUCCUGGAACAGAUGCACCCGCUAACACUAAGUCUCUGGAGACACAGACACCCCCAAAGGCAACCAACUCCAAAACAAAGUCCCCCCCCAGUUCAUCCCCCAGAACAGGCGGUUCCUUUAAUCAGGUCCACCCCCAGAGAUCACAUCAUUCCCAACAAGCGGGACCGGAAUGGAGAAGAUCUCCCCAUCCUUCCUCCUCUGCUCCCCGGGGCCAGGGCCGCAGCCAAGGCCAUCAAAGAAGAAGAGAGCAGUGGGCACCCAGAAAUUCCCUUCAACAGGUUGUGGAAACUCCCCCUCACCAUUCAGAGAGCUGGCUGCCCUUACUUAGCUCUAGCCCCAACUCGGGCCCCCUCUGGAGCCUUUUUGCCCCAAGUGCUUCUGCUCUGCACUGUCCUGGAGAGAGCGAGCAGCUGAGAGCCUGCACCCAGAAGCCGUGUCCCCCUGACCAGCCAGAUCCACGGGCUCUGCAGUGUGCCGCCUUUGAUCCUCAGGAAUUUAUGGGCCGACUCUACCAGUGGGAGCCCUUCACGGAGGUCCAGGGUUCUCAACGCUGUGAGCUGAACUGCCGACCUCGUGGCUUCCGAUUCUACGUCCGUCACACGGAGAAAGUCCAGGACGGCACUCCAUGCCAGCCUGGAGCCCCGGACAUCUGUGUAGCUGGACAGUGCCUGAGCCCUGGCUGUGAUGGCAUCCUUGGCUCUGGCAGACGCCCGGAUGGUUGUGGGGUCUGCGGGGGAGACAAUUCCACUUGUCACUUUGUUUCGGGGAACUUCACAGACCGAGGGGGCCUUCUGGGCUAUCAUAAGAUCCUGCUAAUCCCGGCUGGGGCCUCUCAGUUACAAAUUGCUCAGCUUCGACCCAGCUCCAACUACCUUGCACUUCGUGGUCCCGGGGGCAAGUCCAUCAUCAAUGGGAACUGGGCUGUCGACCCCCCUGGGACCUAUACUGCUGGGGGUACGGUCUUCCAGUAUAAUAGGCCCCCUCGGGAGGAAGGGACAGGGGAGAGUCUGACAGCCAAAGGGCCCACAACACAGCCCGUGGAUGUCUACAUGAUCUUUCAAGAGGAGAAUCCUGGUGUCUCCUACCAAUACCUCAUCUCUUCACCUUCUUCAAACCUUGGAGAUCCUACCCAAGAACCUCCUAUUCCCCAACACCAGUCCAGUGAGGGGGUGAAGCCUUGGGGAGAAGAAAGGAAUAGAUGGGGGAGGAGGCAGAGAGGAGAGGUUUCAGGGCAGCCAGUAGAGCGACCAGAUUAUAAUGUGCCUACUCAGUUCCCCCUCGAGGGCCUAAAACUGGAGCCCCCAGCCCCUCCCCGGUUAGCUCGGACCCCAGGAACUCUGCAGCGUCAGGUGCGGAUUCCCCCUCUGCCAGCCCCACCUCACCCCCGGCCUCCCCUGGCGUCCUCGGCGGGAUACUGGAAACGGAUGGGACAUUCAGAGUGCUCGGCAUCCUGUGGAAAAGGUGUCUGGCGCCCAGUUUUCCGCUGUGUGUCCCGUGAUUCUGGAGAGGAAGUGGGUGAAGAAAGCUGUGUCCUGGGUGCCCGGCCCCCCAGCCCCCCAGAGCCAUGCCAUGGCCCUCCAUGCCCCCCUUACUGGGAGGCAGGUGAAUGGACCUCUUGUAGCCGCUCGUGUGGCCCAGGCACCCAGCAUCGCCAGCUCCGAUGUCGGCAGGAGUUUGGGGGGGGCGGCUCCUCGGUGCCCCUGGAGCGCUGCGGUCACCUCCCCCGGCCCAACGUCACCCAGACUUGCCAGCUGAGGCUCUGUGGCCACUGGGAAGUGCGCUCUGCCUGGAGCCAGUGCUCCGUUCGAUGCGGCCGUGGCCAGCGGAGCCGGCAAGUGAGAUGUGUGGGUAACCAUGGGGAUGAAGUGAGUGAGCGGGAAUGCAGUUCUGGGCCUCCGAGACCCCCCAGCAGAGAGGCCUGUAACAUGGGGCCCUGUACCAUCGCCUGGUUCCACAGUGACUGGAGCUCCAAGUGCUCGGCUGAGUGUGGGACAGGAAUCCAGAGGCGCUCUGUGAUCUGCUUGGGCAGCGGAGGCUCCCAAGGGACUGGGGAAGAGGAGGAAGGGCUGGGGGACAAAGGAAGAAGCUGCCCCGCAGGCAGCCGCCCCCCCGAUAUGCGGGCCUGCAGCUUGGGGCCCUGUGAGCCAACCUGGCAGUGGUACACGGGGCCUUGGGGUGAGUGUUCUGCAGAAUGUGGCUCUGGCACACAGCGCAGGGAUGUGAUCUGUGUGACUAAACUGGGAACCGAGUUCAACGUCACUUCUCCUGGCAAUUGCACCCACCUGCCCAGACCCCCGACUCUGCAGCCUUGCCGGGGGGAGGGCUGCCAAGACCGCUGGUUCUCCACCCCCUGGAGCACGUGCUCGCGGACUUGUUUGGGGGGCGUCCAGAUGAGGGAGGUGCAGUGUCUCAGUGCCAACCAGACGCUCAGCUCCCGGUGCCCUCUUAGCCUUCGGCCUUCCAGGAAAAGGCCGUGCAACAACCAGCCCUGCACUCAGCACCCCGAUGACCAUUGCCAGGACAACUCCCCACACUGCCCCCUCGUGGUCCAGGCUCGCCUCUGCGUCUACCCGUACUACACAGCCACCUGCUGCCGGUCCUGCGCGCACGCCCAGGACAGGGCGCCCCCAGAGCCCGCCUGAGGUGGGACUUUCCGCCUCCCCCCGCCCGGCGCCAGCUGCCCCACGGACUGUCCCUCCUGCCCUUGGCCCGCCUCGGGGCCCGCGGAGGAAUACCAGCACCUCUAUAUUUGUGCGGGGCGGGGCCUGGGGGCGGCGGCUGCGCACGUGCGAGGUGGGGUCCCGUACCUGGGGGGACCGCGUGUAUAUAAGCCCUGAUGCCGUCUGCGGCCCCGGGCGCUGCUGGGAUGGGUGACUUCCUGUUAGGACUGGGAUAUACGAGGUGCCUUCCGCCCCCCCCUCGCCCCGAACCUCUUCCAGCCGAGCAAAGCCCCGACAAAGGUCAUUCUGGCCCUGUGACCCCUGGCCCUGGUCCCUAACGCAGAGGGACCCCCCCCCUCCGUCUUCCGUGCCCCGAGUGCCACCUUGGGCCCCUCACCGACUCCGCUCCCAGCCAAGAGCCCUCCCUUCACCCCGCGCCCCUUCCUCCUGGGAACCGGUGCCUUUCAUUGUUCUCUCCAUCACCGCCACCCCUGCCAGCCCAGGAAAGGGACCAGUUUCUCCAGCCUGGAGGGACGCGCCAGAGGGAAGAGUGCGCUGUGUCUCAGGAUGCACUGCCCCCGGGGCCCCCGCGGCCCCCGCCCCCACCCUAGGACGGGUCCCACCCCAGAACUAAUUUAUUUUUUAUUAAAGACGACUGUGAUAAAUAAGAAACAGGCUUCCCGUUGUCCUCGUGG